AAAUUUUCUUUGAUGCAAACAAUUAAUGGGAAAAUUGCCAAAACAGAAUAAAAAAACAGAAUGGUUGUCCCUAUGGUAUAAAUUCAAUCUAAAGUUGUCUCUAUAGUAUAACUUUCUUCAUAAUACCAAAACUAACCUUAAACUAAUCCCAUUAUAAAUGAUUAAUUGUAUUUAAAAAAUAUGAAAAUCAAUUUGUUUAAAUGGUUGUCGAAUAAAAAAGAAAAACAAAGGGAUUAAAACCAUUCUGUUUUUUUUCCGUAACCCUAAUAAUUAAAACAAUUUCUCCGCCUCUCUCUACGGCGACGACGAAGGCGAUUGCGUCUUCUCCGGUGAAAUCAACGGCGAGUGCAGACGCCACCGGUGGAACCCGUUUCUCUUCUCCUACCGGUGGAAUCCUUUGUCUUCUCCUACAUAUUGAAGGUAAACACCAACGUUCUCCAUCCAAUUUCAGUCAUAAAGUUUGUUCCUUUCUCCUUCUUGUUCUAAUACUUUUCUAUGGAUCUCUGGAUAUCUCGACAAACAAAGGCGAUUUCGGAACUUCUCUUGGUCAUUGGUGAAAUCGAGUUUGGCUUCAACCUCCCCGCCUCUCUCUUUCUCCGACAUUGCUAGAACAUAAGAUAUGGAGUUAGAGCUACCUAAGCGAGUGUAUGCAGAGGGUUUAGAACCUCAGGUGAAGAAGAUCAAUAACUGCUGCCGCAUGGAACUUAUCAGAGAUCUGAAGAAAGCUAUGCCUGCGGAGUACGAUGAUGUCAAGAUAGAUCCUGUUUUCAAACAUAUCAUGGCGAUUGCGGAAAAUAACCUCAAGUUUUCGGGGAAAUUGGUGUAUAGCUUCUUGUGUAAGCAGCUGAUUACCUCGAAGAUGCAUGAGAAGUGGUUUGUAUUUGCGAGGAAGCCUCUCCGGUUUUCGCUUCAGGAGUACCACGCUGUGACAGGCCUCAAGAUCUCGCGGGAAAGUAGCUGUGACGUACUUAAAUGGAAAAGUGAUGGCGGAUUUUGGAGUGAACUACUAAGGACAGGUGGUAAGAUCACCUUGCAGUCGAUCAAAAAGGUGCAUCUACAAGAAGUUCACAGCUGGUCUCGGCGUGAUAGGAUGAGGUUGAUCUACUUGUGUGUGAUAAUGGGUGUGGUGAUGGGGAGAGAUGAGAAGGUGAACAUCCCUCAUAUGUCAUCAAGCUGGUGA